AUGAAUUUAAAUACACGUGUUCUGUCGUCAGUUGCGGCGAUAGCGAUAACAUGUGCUGUUUCUGCGGCUGCCUAUUAUUACAAGAGUCGUUCAUCCGAAAUCAAUGAAGUAAUGGUAUUUUGUAAACUCCAAUUCAAUGCAUAUAAUUACUUUGACAAGUUAAUUAGUUUCAUCGAAAGUGCGAAAAAAUGUGUCAAUGUUUGCAUGCCUGGAAUACACAACCCAGUUAUUCAAGCUCGCCUUGUUGGACUUAUCAAGAAAAGAAAUAUAAAAGUUCGGAUUGUGAUUGAUCGUUCAGGACAUAAUGAUGCAACGAAUUUCUUUAUUAAAGAGCUCAUUGAAGCAGGUGCAGAAAUCAAAUGCAAAACAAAUGAUCCAAUUUAUUCAAUGCAACACAAAUUUUGUUUAGUCGACGAUAAAAUUCUUAUGACUGGCACACUAAACUGGGGCAAUGAUCGCUCUUUCGACCAUUGGAAUUACGUGUAUAUUACAACUAAGUUGCCGCUAGUUACUCCAGUGAAAACCGAAUUUUAUCGAUUGUGGGAAUCAUCAAAUCAUAUUGAGUGUCUGACUGAAUUACAUGUCAACGACAGCGACGUAGAGACGAGUGAAAGCUGCGAUGUUGAUGACAUGUCUGGUGAAAGUGAAGAUAAUGCUGGCACUGCUACCCUUAUUACAACUAAAACAGAAAUUACUACAAAUACCGAUAUAACCUGUAUAAUUUAACCAGUGUAAAGUAUAAGAUUUAAUUUAAGGCAUAUGUAGUUACAGUAGUCAAGUGCUUACCUACUAUAAUUAAGUUUACAAAUAUUUUAAAUGUAAUUAAGUGAAUUAUGAAAUCU